AUGUCUGAGGUCCAGGGAACGGUCGAGUUUUCUGUGGAGCUACACAAAUUCCAUAAUGUGGACCUUUUCCAAAGAGGGUAUUACCAGAUAAGAGCUGGGCUGAAAAUCCCAUCCAGGAUUCCUCACAGGCUCUUUGCUACAAUUGCGGGACAGACAGGUGAUUCCAGCCUUUGCUCGGCCUGCGUGCAUGAAAACAACGUUUACAGCAGAAUAUUUCAGAUUUUGUACAGGAACGAAGAGAUCAUUCUUAAUGAAUCAAUGAACUUCAGAGUACACCUGCUUCUGGAUGGCGAAAGGGUGGAAGAUGCAUUGAGUGAGGCAGACUUUCAGCUCAAGUUGGACCUGCACUUUACUGAUAGUGAACAACAGCUGAGAGAUGUUCCAGCCAUUCCCAUGAUCAGCAGCCGUACACUGUGUCUUCACUUCCACCCCCGGAGAGGUCUGCACCACCAUGUUCCUGUCAUGUUUGACUAUUUUCACCUGUCAGUGAUAUCCGUCACAGUGCAUGCGUCACUGGUAGCAUUACACCAGCCUCUGAUCAGUUUUGCUCGUCCAGGGAAAGGAUCAUGGCUUGGUAAAGGCAACCUGGAUACAGGACCAGACCAGUCCAGUAUGUCAUUAGAAAAUCUAGUGUUUGGAGCUGGCUACUGCAAACCCACUUCAUCAGAGGGCAGCUUUUAUGUCCCAUCUGAAAACUGCAUGCAGCAUGCAUACAAAUGGCAUAAGGACCUCUGUCUUCUGCUCUUGAAUGCUCAAAGAGGACUUCACAUGUACUACACCCUCAUAAUGAAGGAGAUUCCUGAUUUACCACAACUGAAGUUGGAAGAGCUUUCCACGGAAGAUACGUUAUCUCAGCUUUGUACAGAGCUGCAGCUGCUGAGCAACCCAGAGAAGAUAGCAGAACAGAUAAGCAAGGACCUCGCCUGGCUUUGCUCCCACCUCCUGGCCCUGUGGACCCAGUUCCUGGAGGUGGCAACACUCCAUCCAGAAGUCACAGCUUAUCUGACUCAGGAGCAUCAUAUGCUAAGGGUAAGGAGAUUCUCAGAAGCCUUCUUCUACACUGAGCACCAGAAACUCGCUGUGCUGACAUUCCAGGAAGGCCUGAUCCAAAGUCAUGGACAGAUUUCUACAGAAAUUCGUAAUUCAGAGUACUUCACCAGCAUGCCCCCCCUGCCAGCGGAAUGCCUCGACAUAGAUGGGGACUGGAACACGCUUCCAGUUAUUUUUGAAGACAGGUACAUGGAUUUGCCUUGCAAAGAUCAGAAUUUGGAUGUUUUCCCAGAUUUUGAGGUUCCUGAAAAUACGCAAAUGGAUGUAAUAGACGACAAGGAAGAUUUUUCGUCAAAUGAUGCCACUGCAGUAACAAAAGCAGACUUUGGGAAAGGUACUCUGCUAAUACACACAGACAGGAUAAAUGGGAAUCUGUCCUGCUUGUACAGUGGUACUGAAGGUGCUGCACACGCAGCAAAGGGUUUAAACCCACACUCCACAUCUCAGGUAUGUACAUUGAACAAAGAAGGCCAAAGGAAACCUGAAAAUAUUUUUGUUUCAAGUAAGGAAACUACUGACUCAGAGCCAGGCAAUACAGAAUGCACAUCAGAGGAAUUUAAAACACACAAAGAAGUUUUAUUAAAAGACAAUAGACUUGCAGCAGGUGUUACCUCUGGAGACGUGAAACCUAGCAAUAAGGAUGCCCACAAAAGUGAGCCCGUGUUAAUUGUUAGUGCUCAGUAUGAGUGCAGAGCAUGUGGAACUGAUGGCUUGGAAGACAGGUCAGAAAUAGAAAACACAGCCGAAUCUGGUCAUCCUGAGAAUAAUUUCACUUCUGAGCUUGCACUGAGUGAGUUAACCAGUCUUGAAAAAACAGCAGAUCCAGACAACAAGACUCUGGUGCCUGUUUUGAAAGCUUUGCCUGCCCACAGCUUGGAAGUGAAACUGUUCGCAAAGGAGCAACGAACUGAGGAGUGUGAAGAAUUUACCCUGAUGUCAGGGGUUAUAAAGAGAUCCUCCUCCAUAAUAUCUGAUUCGGGCAUUGAAAGUGAACCAAGUUCGGUGGCAUGGUCUGAUGCUCGUAGCCGGGCUCUGGAGCUGCCCAGUGAUCGAGAGAUCCUGCACCAUUUGGUACGGAGACAUGCCAUCCACCGAAAUUCCCUGGAGGGUGGCCACACAGAAAGCAAUACCAGCUUGCCCAGUGGAAUCCAAGCAUCACUCACAUCCAUUAGCUCUUUGCCCUUUGAAGAAGAGGAGAGAGAAGUGGAGCUUACCAAACUGACCAAGUCUGUCUCAGCUCCUCAGAUCAGUAGCCCAGAAGAGCCUGUGGAGGAGGUGGAUAUAUCCAAACACAGCGAAGCAACCUCAGGAGACUCAGGAGGAUAUUUAAAAAGUUGCAUGGAAACAGAGGAUGGAGAUAAGCAAUUAAUCAUGGACUUCUCUGGGUGUCAUAUCACCACUGAAAGUGGACAGCUAGAACCAAAAGAACAUCCCAAACCCACUGCCAAACACAGUAGUGGUCACAUGGAAUUACACAGGGAGGAGGCAAAAGAAAGUCUUUCAGAGACUUACUGUAGUUUGGAGUGUGCAAAACCACCUGUAUGUCCAAAGUCACUCGGAGAUAACAUCUCUGAAUUCCAGUCACUGGAGAGCAAUGGUGAGUGCAGCUUAAAAACACCAAGGGCUAAUAAUUACUCGGACGAAAGUACAGAAAAGUUUGGUGCAUGCAUCAAGGAUCCAAAGGAUAAACCUAAGCCGGACAGUUUUGAAAUAGAACAAGGCUUUUACACCGAUAUCAGAGUAACAGGAGAGGAGAGCUUCUCACAAAGCAUAAAGGUGUUACCUGAUACUUGUAAUCCUGUUUCAGCUGCUUCAGAGACUUCAACAGAAUUCGGCUCAAUGCAAGGAGAAUGUGGUAGGUCUCUUGCUGGUGAGAGCCAGGUGGUGUAUGCAGAAAUGCAGGGGUUACAAGAAGUUGAACUCAAUGACUCACCUGCCUCAGCAGACCCUGCUUCAGGAUCCUACCAGGAUGAAUAUCCUCAGGAACCCGACAGCCAAGAGCAUAAACUUGUAGCUAAUGGCACUGGGUUUCAUUCGGUGACGACAGAGGGGGUGGCACUGGAAAGCAGAAAGGCUGUUGAUGUGGUUAACCUCUCUGUCUCUUGCACGGCCACAUGUCUUCCCUUUUCUUCUGUGCUCAAAGAGACCCCUGCGAUGAUCGGCUUCUCUGCAAAGCAGGCUGUGUUCCCCAUCACACGACAGCCUCUAGGCUCCUUUGGAGUUGUUUCUUCUAACUCAAAUGAGGUGGAUGAAGAGGCCAAUGAAAGGAUGCUGAAUUUUUAUCAGGCCAAAGAAAAAUUUAAAAAAGAAAUGAAGAUUGAAGGAUUUCUGUACAGUGACUUAUCUGUACUAGCUUCUGAUAUCCCAUAUUUUCCACCAGAGGAAGAGGAAGAAAAUUUGGAAGAUGGAAUUCACCUGGUUGUCUGUGUCCAUGGGUUGGAUGGUAACAGUGCAGAUCUACGGCUGGUAAAGACUUUUAUAGAACUGGGACUCCCUGGUGGAAAACUGGACUUCCUAAUGUCUGAACGAAAUCAGACUGAUACUUUUGCUGAUUUUGAUACAAUGACUGACCGAUUGUUGGAUGAAAUUAUUCAGCAUAUUCAGUUGUAUAACCUCUCCAUAUCCCGAAUAAGUUUUAUUGGACAUUCCCUUGGUAAUGUCAUCAUCCGAUCUGUACUAACUCGCCCCAGGUUUCGCUAUUACCUCAACAAGUUACAUACCUUCCUGUCCCUCUCUGGACCUCACCUGGGAACACUUUACAACAAUAGCACUUUGGUUAGUACAGGUCUGUGGCUCAUGCAGAAGUUGAAAAAAUCAGGGUCACUUUUGCAAUUGACCUUCAGGGACAACGCAGAUUUACGCAAGUGUUUCCUCUACCAGCUCAGCCAAAAAACAGGCCUUCAGUACUUUAAAAAUGUUGUGUUAGUGGCCUCACCCCAAGACAGAUAUGUACCCUUCCAUUCAGCAAGAAUAGAAAUGUGCAAAAAUGCUCUUAAAGACAGACACACAGGUCCUGUUUAUGCAGAAAUGAUUAACAACCUGCUUCAGCCUUUGAUUGGGGCGAAGGACUGCACUUUGAUCAGACACAACGUGUUCCAUGCUCUGCCAAACACCGCCAACACAUUGAUUGGCCGGGCAGCCCACAUUGCCGUGCUGGACUCUGAACUUUUCCUGGAGAAGUUUUUCCUUGUGGCAGGACUCAACUACUUCAAAUAG